AGCAGCGGCAGCAGGGAGACUAUCAGUUCCUUCUCACAGCUGCAACGUGUCCCAGCAGGGAGGCGUUGCACAAGGAGAGACAGAUAGUCUGUAGGCGCUUAGUCCUGCUCGCUGGCCGAAGGGAGCAGGGCCGCGGAGAAAGCUCUUCUUGCCUCAUCUGGAAAUUAUCCUCUUGUACGGCAUGAUGAAGGGCUGUCAGAAUGAGUGCCCAGCUGGAGGAUGUACAGGGGGAGCCACAAAGGAAGUGACUGAAUCUUUCAAGGCUGCAGACUUAAUUAUUAACCCAGCUACCACUUUCAAGGAAAAACCAGACCCCAGUGGCUUGGUAUUCGGAACUGUUUUCACAGACAACAUGCUGACAGUCCAAUGGUCUUUGACUUCAGGAUGGGAGAAACCUUAUAUUAGGCCUCUUGAGAACCUUUCAUUACAUCCAGCUUCAUCAUCUUUCCACUAUGCUUUGGAACCAAGAGGAGAGACAGAGGAGAAUCUGGUCCCAAUGGUGUGGCUCAAUGAAUACACACUGUUUGAAGGAUUGAAGGCUUAUCGAGGAGUGGAUGGUAAAAUCCGCCUGUUCCGUCCAACGCUCAACAUGGACAGGAUGAUGCGGUCAGCGGCACGAGCAACACUGCCAUGUUUUGACAAGGAGGAGCUAUUAGAAUGCAUCCGGAAGCUUGUGGAAGUGGAAAAAGAGUGGGUCCCGUACUCUACAUCUGCAAGCCUGUAUAUCCGCCCUACUUUAAUCGGAACAGAGCCUUCUCUUGGAAUCAAGAAGCCAACUAAAGCCCUGCUGUAUGUUAUACUGAGUCCUGUGGGCCCAUACUUUGAAAGCGGAAGCUUUAAUCCAAUAUCCUUAUGGGCAGAUCCCAAAUAUGUAAGAGCCUGGAAAGGAGGAACGGGGGACUGCAAAUUGGGAGGGAAUUAUGGUUCUUCCGUCUAUGCCCAGCAUGAAGCUAUGGAAUUAGGAUGUCAGCAGGUUCUGUGGCUGUAUGGAGAGGAUCAUCAAAUCACUGAAGUCGGAACAAUGAAUCUUUUCCUGUACUGGGAAAAUGAAGAUGGAGAAGAGGAACUGGCAACCCCACCACUAGAUGGCAUCAUUCUUCCUGGAGUGACGAGGCAGAGCAUCUUGGAGCUGGCACGCAAGUGGGGAGAAUUUAAAGUAUCUGAGCGGUAUAUUACCAUGAGUGAUCUGACAGCUGCCUUGGAGGAAAACAGAGUCAAGGAGAUGUUUGGUGCUGGGACAGCUUGUGUUGUAUGCCCUAUUUCUAAAAUAUUAUACAAAGGCAAGAAUUUGCAUAUUCCAACUAUGGAGAAUGGACCUCAGUUAGCAACCCGCUUCCUGAAUCAGCUGACUGAUAUCCAAUAUGGAAGAGAAGACAGCGAAUGGACUUUCCUGGUGUCAUGAAUGCAGAGUGGCAGGGAUCAGACCUUCUAUACACUACCCGACAGGCCAAACCGUUACACCAGAACAAUUGCUGAUUUUUCUAUAGCUACCUGUUUAGAGCUGUGCGUAGGGUACUCAGUGUUCUCCUUUUCCUCCCCAGGGUGAUUGUUUCCACAUUCCAGGGAAUGUGAACACAAUCAUUAUGAUUUCUACCAUAGUCUUGUGAAUAGAAGCCUAUCUUCUUGUUAGAGAUGCUAGAUGUAAGCAAUAGAACUGUCCCAACAGUUUUCUUGAUGCCUCCUUGUGUCUUAUGUACAGUCCAAAAACUUGUCAAAUACUCUUCAACUGGUCUUCAGUGUAAGCCAUGGUGUUUUUCCAACUGCCACCACUACUGGAGAAGACUGCCAUAUAAAACAGUUGCCCAUUAUUUAAGGGAACAGUUACUAUCCCUUAGUCCUAUUUCAUUUGCAUCCUCAGGCAAUGGAUUAUGUUUUUCUCUGUUACUCCACUUAUGUGGGAGAUUCCUCUCUGCAUUCCCAGAGCCCUGAGAAGCCCGUUUUUAAUUCUGCCAACAUCGUACCCUCACCUUUUAGGCCCCAUGUCAUAGCAACCAUGCCUUUAGAAUGAGGAUGAAUUGGUGGGAAAUACCUUCAGAAACCGGCAACACCACUCCUAAAUCAGCUUACAAGAACUUACAAGACACAAAGUGAUCUUUCCCCACCCAAGGCUUUACAGUGCUCCCAGCCCUGGCUGGCCCACUUGUUUCUUAAUACGAGCUUUCUAUUUUCUGAAGAGACCAAGGCUUUCCAGUAUGGGUUCUCCUAUAUCUUCCCCUGCUUGCCAGUGGAAAAGUGCUCAGUGCAGGAGAACAGAGGGAUUUCAUUCACUUCUUGUCAUUCUGCACUACCAUGUUCCCUUACCUCUUCAUACACCAGUAGACUCGUGAUACACUCUUGUUGCCAAGAUACAGAACUGUUAGCUCGCAAUUAGGGAAAUUAAUAACUUCUGCAAAUUUUCUUUAACCUUUAAAUAUGCUACCAUCCAUAUAAGCUUUCUCAUCUAUGUGCACGCUUUUCUCAACUAGUUUUAAGAUGUCUCCUGCCAAAAAGGAACUACAGUAUUCAGUAGUAAUACUCCAAAAUGCUAGGGGCCUGAUUCUUCUGUUACUCUGGCAUAGAACUUAUGUAACUUCAUAGCUGUCAAUGGAAUUAUACCUGCAUAAAAUCAGUUUAACAGAAUGGAGCCUCAGACCAUACAUUUUAAACUAGCCAUACAGCAGUAUUUUGGGAACUAACUAGUAUUUUUUUAAUAAGGGGGGAAGAGUUUCUCUCCCACACAUUCUAACUGACCCCACCUAUAACUGGCAGUUGCUAACACAAUGUAAAACAUACUUAAGCGUCAUCUCUAAUGGGCAGCCCCCUGUCUUAAGCCACCACUUAAAAUUAUCCACAGGGCUUUCUUGUACAGUAUUUGGUCAAACAUUAACCCUCAGUCUCUACUAGGCCACCAUUUUCUGCUGGUCCCAUGAGUGGUGGGUUAGACAGAUCUUGCUGCAGUCUGUUCUGAUACCUUACUGAAGAACAGUUGAAGGUUAUCAGUGACAAUCAUUCAGAGUGAGUUGUUGGACAGUGUUCUAUUUAGAAUAUACCUACAAGCACAAAGUGCUGUUUCAUUUAUGGUAGCAGUAGUACUGUGAAUUUCUUCUACUCACAAUUUAAAUCUGUACUGUGCUCUGGUCUCUGUUCAGUUUCUUGCGAUGUAUCAUGGGCCACUGGUAGUUUGUUUAUUAAUAUUCGUCUACUGGAAAAAUUAACGUGGGGGAUACAUCGAGAUAUGAUGUGGGGUAGAGGCGUUUUUCCAACAAGGCAAGUACCACAACUGAAGAGUGCCUUUGACUAGAGUGUGUCAUAGAGCUCAUACCAGGUUACGUCAUGAAUGAGACUAAAUGGCUUCCUGUUACUGAACCGUAACCUGAUCCCUCACGUUUAGCUUAGAUAAUUGUCUUUUGACAGCAAAAGUCUAGGUGGUUCGGUUUGACUGAGGUGCCUGGGGAAUUGGAUGUGCAACUCCCAUACUUGAGAUAUCAGUAGUAUUAACAGAAGUUGCACAUCAAAUUCCCCCUGGAUAAUACUGACAGUAAACUACUCACAAGUCAGAAUGAAGACAUGAAUACCAGUUACAAUGAUUGAUUUCAAGUGGUUGACGUUUUAGAGUCUUAAAUCGGACUGCAAUAAUUUUAAGUGGGGCUCGACAUUGGCCUGUAGUAGUUGUAGUCUACACUGACUUUUGGGGAGACCUGAGUUAGACCUCCUGUCUUCUCUUCACCUCUUGUACUGCUGGAGACCUCAAAAGUGCAAGGGCUAACAGAGGACAAAAUUGGAAGGUCCACAAAAAUAUGAGCUGUUUCCUAGAGAAAAAGUGAAACCAUGUAGAGCACUCCCAGUCAGCUAGUGUCACCUCUGUGAAUACUUUUGCUCCCUCUUGGUAAAUUCAAACAGCCUUGAUUAUUUUCAUUCAGGCUCUGGGUGAAUAGGUUCCAGGUUUUAAACAUUAUAUACUAAAUAAACCAGCAGAGUAUUUUGAUCUUUCAUGACAAGCCUGUGUGGAAAUACAUAGCCUGCAUUCUGCAUCUGUAUUAUUUUAUCCUUUUAUCAUAAAAUUCCAAGAAAUAACAUUUGUAAAUAACAGUGAGCACUUGAGAGAUACUGUGUUCUCCUUAUUUUAGCCCAUAUAGUUUAGGAAGGAAUUGUGCUAUUCCCUGAGCUGAUAGACUGUAAAAGAACAUCUGUGCAUCUCUUUUCCAUGUGUGCUAUUUGUUUAAUUGUAGCAGAUUAACAUAGAAAGGCUAUGGUACAUCAUAACUAGGCAAUUAUCCAUUCUUCAUCACUUAGUUGUGGUUAUACUAAUUGAUCAUUUAAGAAAUAAGAUAGUCUAACAUUAGGAACAUUUGAGGCUGUUCAGAAAAGAUCAACAAAUUAAUAAUUAUGUGAUAUUUGCAUAAUUGGCUGCAAUUAUUUAAUGUUUAAUUGGGUUGAUCAAAUGCGAUUCAGCCUCUCACAUGUGGAUGCUUGACAAACAGUGGUACUUUAAAAUGAUAAUGAUGAACUAUAAUUUUUGCAAGUUCUUUCUUUCCCCACACUUCAUUCUUUGAUUAUUAUUUUCAGCCUUGAGCAUGCUCCUAAUUUUCCGUUUAGUUUCAGCUAGUCAUCUGUUGGAAAGAAGUCCUUAAAAUGAAAUCUCAUUUCAGAGGUCCACAAAAACUAGUGUUUCAUACAAACCUUGAUGAUGCAGGAGUUGUGGAAUUAGCAGCUGUCACUGUAUUGCCAGAUUCAUAAUAGCAGUUCAGGGCAAAUUCACCCAGGGGUAACAAUGAUUUAUUCUGGUGAGAACUCUGGCAAAGGAUCCUCAGGGUAGAAAGUCCAUCCAGAGGAGGUUGUGGCAGCACAAAGCAAAUGUAAUUUCCUUGACAGGAGAGCUAGGAGGGCAGCAAGGACCAAAAAAUGGGAGAUGCUGGCCAGGGAAUAUGGCCACGGGAUGUUCUGACUCAAUAUAGUCUUCAACAGUGUCCAUGAGAAGGAUUCGCAGAAAACCCCAGCCAUAAGCUAAGUCUGCCCAUGUCCCCUAGGAGAAAUCCCCGAGGGACUGCAGUGGUAAUGCUACCUGCCCUUUUUCUGGAUGAAUCACCACUGGAGUGCUGGGAGAUAUAAUUGACCCUUCCCUGCCUAAGUGCUGGUGAUUCUCUUGUCCUUAUUUUAUAUUACACCUGGAGAAUGAUAAUCUGAAAAAUAGGGCAUUUGAAAGGUAAAGGUUCAGUAUGUGCUUGUGGGAAUGAACACACAAGAGAAUGUAUCUACACUCAAGUUAGAGGUAUGAUUCUCAGCUUGAGGAGACAUACCCACGCUCACGCUGAUAGAGCUAGCAUGCUAAAAAUAGAGAGUACGCCAGUGUGAGCAGCAGGAGGGGCUAGCCAUCCAAACAUGCCUAGGGUCUCGGAAGGGAUCGUACACAGGGAAGCUAGCUCCUUAAACUACUUCAGCUACACUUCUAUUUUUAGCAUUCUAGCUCAGUCAGAAUUAGCGUGGGUAUGUCUCGUUGAGCUGGGAGUCGCAUCUUCAGCUUGAUGUGUAGACAUACCAGUAUGUGAAUCACCCCUCAUGUCCAAGCGACUAGCAGUGGGCAAGGCAGAAGGGGUGAGAGUUGAGAGCUAUUUAACAGAUCCAUCACCAGGGGAAGGAGAGGAGGAACUCUUGUCCAGUGUUAUCUAUAGAGCAAACUGUCAUCUCCUCAAAUCACGUAGCCCCUUUAUUUUGCUUCAGUAUGUUACAAUGCAACGUCAUAGAGCAAAUGUUGCAAUGUCCUGUCAGAGCAUGGCACAGCGAUUGAUCUUCCAAGCCUUGCUCAGACUCCUUUUACCUCUUUAGGAACCUGCAUAUGGUGCACAGAGUAGACAGGCCCAGUAAUGAGGGGAAAGCAGCAUACAGGUGGGUACACUUGUAUCACCGUGUAGGUCUAUGCUGCAAUAAAACAAUUACAGCAAGUGUCAGAGCUGGGGUCAACUGACUCAGGCUUGUGCUCCAGGGCUAAAAAUAGCAGUGCAGAUGAU